AUGGCUGAAAAAUCCAAAAACUACGAAGUCAGCAGCUUAGAUUCUUUCCUACCAUGGAGACGUGAAUCCAAAAAAGGCUCAAGAGAAGUGCCGAUGAAAAUCCUAUGUCUAGGCUUUCCUCGUACUGGGACGAUAUCCCUCAAGAAAGCGCUGGAAAGGCUCGGAUACGGAAAAUGCUACCACAUGAGCGAAUGGGCAAACCAUCCAGAACAUACCGACUUCUGGUCUCGCGCUGUAGCGGCAAAGUACGAAGACGGGCCAAAGAUAUCCAAGAAUGAAUGGGAUAGCGUCUUAUCCUCCUACCAGUCCGGCGCAGAUAUUCCCUUCAGCGAAUUCGCCUCCGAACUUCUAGACCUCUACCCAAACACCAAAGUCAUCCUAACUAACAAAUCACCCGACGCACUCUGGAACUCGUGGUCCAAAGCAGCUCGUUUCUCACAACAUCCCCCCUGGUACCUUACAGCUCUCAACUUCUUACUCGACCCCUUUUCGCGAUCUGCCGAAAGCAGACGGCGCGGGGUCAUGCAUCGUUUACUUGAAAACAAGUUUGAUGGGAAACCGUUAGAUGAAACUAUAGUCAAACGCGUAUUUCAGGAACAUUACGAUCGUGUAAGGAGCCUUGUGCCGAAGGAGAGGUUGUUAGAGUACAGGAUUGAGGAAGGCUGGGGACCGCUGUGUGAGUUCCUGUGUGAGGAUGUACCGGAUAACGAGGACUUUCCGAGGGGUAAUUCGUCGGAGGAUUUUCAGGAUGCGGUGAGACUCAUUUGGAAGAUUCAGACUUUUUUCAAUCUUGGGAGGGGAAUGUUGUUUGUUGGCGGCAUGUGGAUUUCGUGGAGAUGUCUUGGUCACGCUGGGAUUUUGUGGGAAUGGUUGAAUGGUGUGGUGGAUUUAUAUCGAUAG